AUGAAUUCUGUUAGUUUUAAAAUUGCUCGAAUUUUGAGCAAUAAAAUUUCUUCUUUAAAAAGUCUUCGUAAUUGUUCAUUUAAAAAUAUUUACUCACAAGAAAAUUUAUAUCCAAAUAGUAAAAGUCAACUUUUUACACCAACUUUUGUACCAGAUAAAGAUGCAAAGUUCAGCGGGUUUAUUCCAAUGGAAAAACUUACGAUAACUUACAGCCGAAGUAGUGGCCCAGGAGGUCAACAUGUCAAUAAAACAAAUACUAAAGCUGACGUACGAUUUAACGUUAAAGAGGCCUCGUGGUUAUCCGAAGAAAUUAAAGAGAAAUUAUUGAUUCAGGAGAAAAAUAGAAUAAACAAAGACGGAUUUUUGGUAGUAAAGUCUGAAGUGACCCGCUACCAGACUCUAAAUGUUGCUGAUGCUCUAGAGAAGCUGCGAGCUAUGAUCAGGAGGACAAUUACUCCAGAAAAAGUCGAAGAUCCAGAGAGUGAAGAGCUGAUGCGCAAGAGGAAAAUCAAAGCUGCUCGAGAACGCAUUUACGAAAAAAGAAUGCGCUCGCAAAUAAAACAAGAUCACUUUACUGAAACAAUGAGAUUCUUGGGUUAUCCUAGAUUAAUUUCUCUGUCAAAUUUUCGAGUUCCAAAUUUUUCUUUGGUCGCCGAAAUUUUAGUCUGGCUGAUUCAUCGCUUUGAUCCCGAUUCAGAUAUGACUGCUGAGUAUGAAACUGUAGAAGAUCGCGUGUCAAUAAUUCGACGGGCCGCUGAAUUUAUUGCAAUAAAGACCAACAUCAAAUUAAAUACAAAAAAACUGUACCAAGCUGAUGGGCAUGCAGUUCAUGAGCUUCUAAAAAUAGCGACAGCGUUGUACGAAGCGCAGAAUAAAAAUGCUGAGGAUGAAAUAAUGUCAGGAGAAAUGUUGAAUCCUCUGGUGAUAGACAUCACCGACGAGCUGUCCGAAUUGAAGACUACCAGGCAAAUGGCCAGCCAGUUGACAGUCAGCGGGGCUAGUUUGUUUGACUUGUUGGGAAGAGAAGUUCAGCUUCGGGAAGUCAGGAAUAAUAAAGCUGCAAGACAAUUCGAUACUUCGCAAAUAGAAGUUGCUUUGAAAGAUGUUAUCGAUAGUAUGAAGAAGGAUAUUGAUGAUACUCGGCGACAGAUUGAUAAUGUCAAGGAGACCGAGCAAAAUUUAGAAACAAAAAUUGAAAGACGACAAAUGGAAUUAGAGAGGAAUAAAAAAAGACUGAUGACCUUGCGGAAAGUCCGUCCAGCAUUUAUGGAAGAGUUUGAAAAAUUAGAAGUUGAACUCAAAGGAGUUUAUGACCAUUACCUGCAGAAAUGCCGGUACUUGGCAUAUCUAGAGCAUUUGUACGAAGACAUGACCAAGGUCGAGCAAGAAAAGUUUGAGCAGAGACAAGCGGCUACCAAAAGACAAUUAGAACAACUCAGAGGCGAGGACGCGAGUUUUGAAACUAUAAUGGAGGGCAAUGACUCAAUUUUCACCAACAAUAUCCGUCCCUUGAAUCUUGAUGAAGCGGAGAGAAGCUCAGACAAAAAUGACCAACCUGGAGAAAUUACUGGAAGAGCAUCACGGGUACAGUUGAACCAAAGAAGAAUAUAUGGAACAAUGUCAGGCAGGCCUCGCGGCUUACGCGAAAAUGACAGUAUCGGUUCGCUGGAUGACAGCGACAGCGAUCUUCUGAUUGAUGGCGACCUUGAUGACGAUGAGGAAGAUGAUGACAUUGAUAUUGAAAACGUCGGAGGCAAUUUAUUAAACUCUGUGACAAGCCAUGAGAUAGCUGCCUCGCUUGAUUUUAAAGGAAACUCGGAAAAAAGAUCAAUCAGUAAAGCUGGGCAUGUUGAUGAAGAUUUUUAA